AUGGAGGAGGAGGCUGACGACGAUUUCGACGCCGACGCGCGGAUGGAAGUCUCCGCCGCCGCGGCGUCGUUGCUCAAGUCCCCGACGCGCCCUUCGCUGAAAGCCCCUGAGGUUCGCAUCGGCGCGCCGCCGAGCGCGCAGAAGGCGUCCGCGGCGGCGAGGCGCAAGUCCCUGCGCUUCGUCUCCGACGACGACAUGGAACAAGUGCGCUUCAUUCCCGCGCACAACGGCGAACCCGAGCUCUGCGGGCGGAUCGCGCCGAACGACCACGCGAUCAUGUCCGGCUCGCGCAAGCGCGCGCCGUCGGUCAAGUUCGCGGACGCGUCGCCGUCGCCGAAAUCCGCCGCGGACGACGAGGAGACGCUGCGGGACGUCGUGAACAAGAUUGGCGACGUCGGCCACACAGGACCGAUUCCAAAGUUAUUUUUCGCAACCGCCGCGACUACCGAAGCCGCGACUACCGAAGCGUCGCCGAACGCGAAAAGUUCGAACGCGAGCAAGAAGCGCCGAUCGGUGUCCUCGCCGGUCACGAGCGGCAAGCGAAGGAGCGCGGUGUCGUUCGCCAUCGGCCAGGCUGAGCUCGUCGGAACGCCCGUCGCCGGGGACGCGGGUUCACGAAGCAGCGGGUUCACGAAGAGGAAAGGGACCCCCGCGCCGCCGUCGAUGGCGGACGACAACGAGGGGGACGACGACGAGGAGGAGAACGAUGAGAACGAUGAGAACAUGGAGGACGAGGUCGACUACGAGGUUGAUGAAACUGAAAACGCCAAACCGACGAACGUUACGAUUGUCGAGGAGGAGGGCGUCAUCGACGACGAGGAGGAACGCGGCGACGCGACGAUGGACGACACCGGGGAGCUGAACGACAUCACCGCCGGCAGCGACGGCAGCGGCGCCAUCCCGGUGUUUCGCUUGGGCGACGUCGGCAACACCGGCCCGAUCCCGCACUACUCCCCCGCGUGCAAGGCGUCGCCGUCCGCGGUCGCCGUCGGUCGCGGCGGGAAGAAGCCCCCCCUCAGCGCGAUCAAAUCCGCGGCCAAGUCAAAGUCGCCCGCGUCGUCCGCGGCGAAAUCGGCGCGGUCGCGGCGGUCGUCUCGCGGCACCACCCCGGACGCGGACGCCGCCACCCCGGCGUCGCGCGCGUCGUCCCUCGCGGCGCCGGCGAACACCCCGGCGACGUGCGCGGGCGCGAGCGCGAAGAAGAAGGCUGCGAUUUCGGCGUCGCUCGACGGGAUAUCCGCUGCUUUCGCCAACAUCGCGCAAACCCCGGGCGGGCACGCGCUUCGGCGAAGCGUCAGCGCCGUCGCGCGCCUUCUCGCGGACGCGACGACAACGCCCGGGGCCGGGACCAAGAGCGCGUUAACAUCGCCCGCGGCGUCCAUCGCGCGCACGAUCGAGGAGGACAUCACCGGCGCGGUGCACUUUGUUCGCGUCGCGGAGGAACGCGCGCACCAAGAGGCUGCGGAGGACGCCGCCGCCGCGCUCGCCGCGCGAUGCCUCAACGACGACACCAUGGAGGAGGAGGAGGACGCGGAGGAUUUCGAUUUCGACGAGGCGUUCGCCAUGGACGCCGCGCUCGCGGCGGAGGGCGUGAAGGAUGUCGAAGUCGUCGUCGACAUUGAAAAAGCGCUCGCCGCCGCCGGCGCGGCGACGCCGGAGAAGGUGCAGCAAUGGCUCGAGGACAACCUCGCGGAGGCGAACGUCGCGGACGCGAUGGAGGACGAGGAAGACGUCGAAGUCGUCGCCGUCGCGGCGCACGACACGACCGCGAGCACGCCAAAGUCCGAAGCGGCCGAAGCGGCGGGCGGCGCGAGCGCGAGGUCCAAGUCGUCUGUCGGCGCGAAGUCGUCCAAAUCGUCGCGUUCGCGCCGGUCCUCCGUCGACGCCGCCGUCGUCGCCGCCGUCGCCGACUCGGCGAAGAAGAAGGCGGCGUCCACGCCCGGUCUCGGCGUCGCGACGACGCCCACGUCGGCGGAGAUGAACGCGGCGGAACGAUCGUCGUCCCCCGCGACGCAAAUCUUCAAGCACAAGGGCGCGAGCGCGGGCGGUAGGCUCUACGUCGGCGGGCUCUCGGCUCGCGUGGCGACGUUGCACAAGGCUUUGCGCGCGACGCGCGCCGCGCUCGUCAAGGAGCGCGCGCGCGCCAAAUCGAUGGAGGCGACGCACGCGCGCGCCGUCGAGGAGUGGACGCGCUCGACGCGCGCCGCGGCGGAGACGGCGAGCGCGGAGACGGCGGCGGCGGUGGCCGCCGCGAAGGCGGCGACGGACCGCGCGGAGGCGGCGGAGGCGGCGCUCGCGGCGGCGGAGGCGGCGCUCGCGAAGCCGCGGACGCCGCUCAAGGCGUCCACGCCGGUGAAGCUCACGAUCAACGUCAAGGCGAAGACGCCGGUGAAGACGCCGGUGAAGGCGAAGACGCCGGUGAAGGCGAAGACGCCGAUGAAGGCGAAGACGCCUACCCCGGCGAAGUCCCCGGAGGACGUCUGCGCGCCGUGCGAAGAAGAGGAGGAGGAGGAGGACGCGCCGUGCAAGGCGUGCGGCGUCGCGGACGACGCGGACGCGCUCCUGUGCGACGGCUGCGACGCGGCGUAUCACAUGGCGUGCCUGAAACCCAAGCUCAAGCGCGUGCCGAAGGGGGAUUGGUUUUGCAAGGCUUGCAAGGAUGCCAAGGCGGCGGCCAAGGCGGCGGCGGCGCCGCCGAAGCGCGGUCGCGCGGCUGCGGCGAAACCGGCCGCGGAAGCGCCCGAGCCGAAGCGUCGGUCGACGCGGGCGCGGUGA